AUGGUCAAGGAGACAAGAACGACAGUUGGCAUCAUCGGCGCUGGCCCGGCUGGCCUCCUCCUCGCGCGCCUCCUCUUCAAGGCCGGCAUUGACAGCGUUGUUAUCGAGUCCAAGGAUCGCGAGUACGUCGAGCAGCGACAACGCGCGGGCAUUCUCGAGCAGGGAUCGGUCGAUGCGCUGCGCGAGUGCGGCGCCGGCGAGCGCAUGGACAAGGAGGGUAUCCCGCACGACGGCAUCGAGCUUCUCUUCGACAAGCAGCGCUACCCGAUCCACUUCCCCUCGCUCACGGGUGGACGCCAGGUCAUGAUCUACGCGCAGACCGAGGUGUGCAAGGACCUGAUUGCGCUGCAGCUCAAGGAGGGCGGACCGCUGCACUUUGAGUGCGAGGCGCUUGCCGUCGAGGACCCCAAGACGGACAACCCCAAGAUCCGCUUCCGCCACAAGGACGGCGAGGAGGAGAUCCUGUCUUGCGACUACGUCGUCGGCUGUGACGGCUUCUGGGGCGUCGCCCGCAAGGCCAUCCCGGAGAGCAUUGCAACUGUCUAUGAGAAGACCUACCCCUUCGCCUGGCUCGGUAUUCUCGCCGACGUCCCGCCCUCGAACGACGAGCUCAUCUACGCUCGCCACCCCCGCGGUUUCUCCCUCCUCUCCAUGCGCUCGCCCACCGUUUCGCGAUACUACAUCCAGGUCCCCGCCGGCGAGGACAUCAAGGAGUGGUCUGACGAGCGUAUCUGGGACGAGAUUGAGAAGCGUACCGAGACGAACGACGGAUGGAAGGUUCAGCGCGGCCCGAUCUUCCAGAAGAGCGUCCUCCCAAUGCGCUCCUACGUCCACGAGCCGAUGCAGUACGGCCGUGUCUACCUUGCCGGCGACGCUGCUCACAUUGUCCCGCCAACGGGCGCCAAGGGCCUGAACCUCGCUUUCGGCGACGUCGUCACCCUCGCCAAGGCGCUCAAGCACAAGGUCGACACGGGUUCCGACGAGCUCCUCAACAACUACUCUGACCGCUGCAUCGGACGUGUCUGGCAGGCCGAGCGCUUCUCCUACGACAUGACCAACCUCCUCCACACCGACCCCAACGCCUCGGCGUUCGAGGACCGCCUCCAGGUCGCCCGCCUCAAGCGCAUGGUCUCCAACCCCCACGCCGAGACCGACCUCGCACUCGCAUACACUGGCUUCCCGUUGUAA